AACCCGGCUAUCGGCUAAAAAGCGCGUUUCUGUGGCUGCAGAGAGUCCUGCAGCAGCUGCACAGGCCAGUCCUUUGAAAUCCCCUGGCAAAGAGCCUCUUGUUGUAAAGACACCCAGUAAGCAAAGCCCUGUUAGGAGUCCUUUGAAGGGUAUUCUUAGGACUCCGGUGAAGGCUUCGGGAUUGUGUAAACUUAGCAGCCCAUUGUCCAAGACUCCCAAGAAGAGCGUCACAUGGUCUCCCUCUCCUAAGAAAUGUUCCGUGGAGGAGGACCGGGCAACUUUUAAAGUGCCUAAGUCACCGAGUACAGCUUCUCUCAGUUCUCUGAGACAAAGCAACACUCCCGACAAGCUCAGCAGUCCAGGCGGAGGCACUAAUGUUAAAAGAGACAUUUUUAAAACCCCAGAUAAGAUCUGCCAAGUAAGCCUCCUGCGGCUAUCCGAACACGAUUUAGUGACUCCAGAAAAAAUCAAAUCUUUGAUAUGUAACACAGCUGAAAGCGGGGAUGCAGUACGUCCGGAGAGGACGCCGCCGCGGCUACCCCUGGCAUCCUCAACCCAACAAGUCUCACCUCAGCACAAAACCAGAACUCUGGAGAGGACACCAAGCCCCGUUCACCAGAUGAUGACCCGCUCCAGAAGAACCCCGAGGAAAGGGUCAGACUCCGCGUCCCCGCUGGAGGCGACGUGUCAACAACCAGAGGCUGAUGGACUUUUAAAAGGCCCAGCGUCUGAACGUUCACCAGCAGCAGGGGAGCAGCAGUCCUCUCAGACGGACUCCAGUCUCCAGACCGAGUCACAGGAAUGCGAUUCUUCUCAUAGUAACUCUGCGACCACAGACGACAACAGUCUGGACAUCGUUGACGCUGCAGUGGUAAAGACUCAGUUUAAUCAAGGCUUAAAGAUGAGCAUCAGCUUCUCCAGGAAGUCUCCUGUGUGCAGUCCAGCCUGUCUCGACAGAGCAGCUUCCCCUAAGCGGCCCUCGCCCAGCCGGAGCUACGGCUUCCGACAAACCCCUGACCGCCGGCAGAGGGAGGCCGCGGCUCGUCUGGGGUACGGGAACGACUCCCCCCGGUUUUCCACCCCCAGGAGCUUGGUGAGGUCCAGCAGGAAGAAGGGCUCCGGCAGCCCUAUUUCUCCUACCUACCAGGUCGAGCUGGAGAUGCAGACGUCGGGGCUUCCCAAGCUCAAAAUUAAACGAGCAUCUUCCGUGACCGCAGAAGACUUUUCCUCCGGCGGGUCUCCUCAACCGGGAGCGCCGGGCGCUUCAGUCGGCGUGAAACCUCCCACAGAAAGCCCCCUGGCCUCAAAGUCCACACACAGAGACCCCGCCGGCUACGCCCCGUCCCUCUGUGCUCACGCCACCCCAGCCAAGUGCACUCCUGGGAAAGGUGGCGGCGUCCAAACGUACAUCUGUCAGUCCUACACCCCCACGCGCCACUCCGCGGCAGCCACGUCUCCGGUAGCCAUGGCGAUAGCGGGCACCAUUCCCUUCACCCCCUCGCCUCAGAGCGUGGGCAAAGUGACCCCAGAGAACCUGAACAGCUGGCCUCGCAGGAAGAGGCCUCAGCUGGGGGUGUUUGACGGCAAGGACCGGGUCCUGAGGGGGGAGCCCCCGCUGGAGGAGCUGCUGGAGGAGGCCGAGCUGGGAGUCAGCCGCCUGCAGGACUUCGAAGACCCCGAGGAACCCUCCGGCGGCAGGUCGGCCUGGGCGUCCAAACGGGCGUCCCCGCCGAACGCGUCUCCUCUCUCACCAGCGGAGGACUUGUACUGGAUGGCCAAGCUGGCCGAAGGUGCAGACUGCGCUGAUUCUGGGAAAACCGCAGAGCUCAUCUGGGCGUCGGAAAGUGGAGACGUCAAGUCAGCGGUGACCCCUCCCAGUCUGAAGGGGAGAAAACCGGUAACGCCGAGCGGUAUUCUGGCCCUCACUCAGUCGCCGUUGCUGUUUAAGGGGAAAACGGGCUCCGCUUGUAAGAAAAUGGCCCAUCUGAAAGGUAGCUAUAUAAAUGUUCGCCGUAUGUUUGGGCCUCUUGUUGCGGGUCAACUCUAACCCUGCUUUGUUUUUUUCCUUUUCACAGAGGAUUCGGG